AUGGCGGCCGCUGUAUCGGACGCCGCGCUGGCGCAUGAAUUUCCGCUGCCCAAGAUUCUCACCAACCCCGCGUCGACCCCGCCAACGCUCAUCACACAAGGCGCCGAAGGCCGGCUCUACAAGACGACUUACCUGCUGCCCGACAUUGCCUGCGCCCUAAAGUACCGCCCGCCGAAGCCGUGGCGGCAUCCCAUCCUCGACCAGCGCCUGACCAGACACCGCAUCCUGUCCGAGGCUCGCAUCCUCGCCAAGUGCCGCCGAGAUGGGCUCCGCGUGCCCUCGGUGUAUGCCCUGGACGAGUCCGCGGGGUGGUUGAUGCUGGAGUGGAUUGAGGGCACGCCCGUGCGCGUCAAUAUCAAUAACAGACUGGGGAACAGGACCGAGGGCAUCGAGGAUGACGAGGAGCUAAAGGAGUUGAUGCGGAAAAUAGGCAUGGCGGUGGGCAAGAUGCACAGCAUUGGCAUCAUCCACGGCGACUUGACGACGAGCAACAUGAUGCUGAAGCCUCCGGCGGGCGAUCAGCCUGAUAACGCGACCGGCCUCGAGGGAGAGAUUGUCAUCAUAGACCUUGGGCUUGCCAGCGGAGGUGUACACGACGAGGACAGGGCAGUUGAUCUAUACGUCCUCGAGCGUGCCUUUGGCAGCACACAUCCCCGUGCUGAGUGCAUCUUCAACGAGGUCCUGGAGGCAUAUAAAAAGUCAUUUAAGCAGGCCGGCGUAGCCCUCAAGAAGCUGGAAGAAGUAAGGAUGAGAGGUCGCAAGCGAAGUAUGCUCGGCUAG